AUGGCUAUCCUACGCACUCUCACGACUAAGAUCAAGACGAAGAUGUCGCCCUCGUCAUCGCCAACUACGUCACCAACUUCACCACAAGUCUCCUCCUUCGAGAGGGUCAGUGGGCGCAAGGACUUCAGCAUGCAGCGACCCGGAACACAGUUGAGAACAGACUCAUUCACCCAAUACGGUGAUGUCUAUGAAGCACCAAAAGAGACGGAGAAGAAGGAAAAGAGAGUCAGUCGCUUCCGCGAGGAGCUUUUUGAAUAA